AUGGCGGCGGAGGCGGCUCGGGCCGCGGGCCGGUUCCGCGCGGCGGGCCCCGCUUUCGGCGCCGUGGCCGCCGAGGUGAUCGAGGAGACGCUGAUCCGCUUGGCCGCCGAGAACGAGCGGCACCUGGGCGCGCUGCCGCGCCGGGCCGGCCGCUUCAAGGAGGCGCCCGUCGUGGAAUUCGUGUUCCUUCUGUCGGAGGAAUGGCACCUGGACCAGUCGGCGAGGUACCAAGCGGUAGAAAUACUGGAAAGGUUUAUGAUUAAACAAGUGGAACAAACGUUGAAGUGCUGCAGGGAGGCCGGAAAGAGCGGCGAACGAGGCCGAGGGAAGGGCUGGAGCUCGCGCAGGGACGCGAUCUGCGAGACGUUCGUCCUGCGGCUCGUGUCCUGCAUCCAGCUCGCCAGCAAGCUCUCCCUACACUAUAAGAUAGUUAACAGCGACACAGCUUUAAAAUUUCUGCAGUCCUUAAAAUACUCAUACACUAAACAGGAAUUGCUCGAGUCAGAACUUGCCAUUUUAAAAGCUCUGCACUUCCAGAUCAAUGUGUCAACUCCUUUGACUUAUGUUGAGUUGCUUCUAGAGGUCUUAGGACAUAACGGCUGCUUGCUUCCUGCAAAGCCGCUGCAUGAGAUGUGUAUGCACGUGCUGGACUUCUCCUACCUUACGAGAGAUGCCAUCUACGAUACUCUGCUGAAGAUUGCGAUUGAAAAUUCCACACCAAGCCAACUGCAGGUAGCCAAGUUCCUGGCAGUCAAGGAAGAUUUCAUGCUUUUGGCAGUUGGAAUCAUCAGCACAAGUGCUUUCAUAUUAAACCCCAAGCACUGGAACCAGGUUGUGGAGCAUUUGAACUGUAUCACUGGUAUCACUUCACAAAGCAUCUUAGAAUUUUCUUAUGCAGUAUUGACCCACAUCAUUGGCAGCACCACUCCAAAGCAGCACUGCGGGAACAGUGGAAGGAGCUCAGAGAACAGAAUUAUACCGCUAAGCUGGAAUUAUCUCCUGUAGCCAUUCCCUAGCGUAUCAGUAACAGACUUCUGUAUCAGUGGUAGCACUCCCUCUUUCAUGACGCUGCACGGGAAACCCAAUGUAAGUUGUUUUCACUUUUGCUUUUGGAAAGGAAGCGUUUUGAAACGUUGCAAAUGCUGUAUUUUAAUUGGGAAAGUGCAUCCGUGCAGACUGUGCGCUAAUGCUUUGGAGGGCAGAGGAACAAAGUGCUACUUAAAAAUACCUCUUUUGGCACCAGAAGCUUAUUGUAAGAACUCUGUCUUCUAAGUUAGAGAUGUGUUUCCUUUGAAGAAACGGAAAACUGUUAAUAGGAGUCUUGUUUUGCAAAGGCACGGAGGUGACCAGUAGCGUGCUUGAUAAUUAGCAAUUAGCAUUGCUGGAAGAAACACAUGUGCCAAGGUACCACCUCCAAGGCCCUGCUUUCUGUCCAAAAACUAGUUACUGCCUCGGGCAGCUCGUUCCUUUGCUCCUGCCCAGUGCUCAACAGCUGCUUUGCUCUUAGCCUGGAACAGCAGCUUGAGGAGCAGUGCAGGGGAAGGGACACACUCUCCCUAUCCCGGCAAGUCUGCCGUGCUGGGAACGGCCAUGGUGCCAGCUUGGCCCACCCAAAGGAUGUUUACGCUGCCACUCAGUGCCCUUGGUGACCACCAGGGUUUUAUUAGGAGGUUACUCAGUGCAGCUCCUUGCAGGAGCGGCCUGCAGAGAGCAGGACAAAUAGUUAAUACGCCAUCCCUCGAGGCGUACAGUGUCAAACCUUGGUAAAGUUCAGUGGCACAAUGUUAAGUGCUCAGAUAAGG